GUUUUUCAACAAUUUUUGUGAUUUUCGUGAAUUAUUUUAAUGGAAUAAACAGUGCAAAAAUGAUUUGCCGUCUGUGCCUCAACAGCGCCAACGACACCAUUCAAAUAUUCGAGGGCGUUGGCUUGUCUCUAAACGUUGCCACGGUGCUGUCCAAAUAUUUUUGGUUUCAGCCCAAAAACGAUGAUCCAAUAUCGACUGCCAUUUGCGUGGGCUGCUGGACACACGUGAGCGACUUUAACGAGUUUUACUGUAGCGUGGAGAAGGCGCAUCGUCUGCUCACCGAAAGAUUCUCUCUGAAAGGCGGCGAGCAGCCGGAGAGGAUUAACAAGAGUGCGACAGGAGAAGCACAUAAGGAAGACCACUCUGAGGAUUCCAAAGAGUUUCUGGACAACAGCGAAGGUGACGAUGACUUGGAACAGGACAAUGACAAUGACGUCGAGGAUUUAUAUGGCAGUGAGAGUGAAGCAGCUGCAUCCUUUAGCAAUGAGCAGUUUCUCAACGAGGUGCUGACCCAGCAGACAGCUGAUGAUUCCAUUGCAGUCACUGAGCCACCUAAUGAGCCGGAAGAUGUCAUUGUCAAGCAGGAGAUCGGAGUUGUAGCUGUGCAGGAACGUCGAGAGACACGUGCCACACGAGCCAAAAGCAAAGCGAAUCAAUUGCUCGCUCCUGAAUCUCCCCCAGCUGAAAAAGCCACACCUGCCAGGCGCAGGGGCAGAUCAAAGUCGGAGAAACACGACGCCAGCGUCGAGGAGAGAGCGAAGAGCAAACGCUAUGUGGAUUACAAGAAGUCCAUGUGGGAGAUUGAUGAGAAGAUAGCGCGACAUAUGCGACUCACCUGCAGCAUUUGCCACGAGGGCCAGGAGACGUUCCUGUUGCUCUGCAAGCACAUGCAGCAGGUGCAUCAUCGCAAGGGUUAUGCCAUCUGCUGCAACAAGAAGUUUUACAAGCGAUCCUUUCUCACCGAUCACAUCGAUCGGCAUAACAAUCCUGAGAAAUUUAAAUGCAAUCUCUGUGGCAGAACCUUUGCAGAUAAGCAGUGUCUGCGCAACCAUGAGCUGCUCAAGCAUCAGCCCGAUGAGGAGAAGACAUUCAUGUGCGAGCACUGCCCAAAGAGAUAUACCAAGCAGUAUUUAUUGGAUCAGCAUCGGAUUAUACACAAGGAACGCAAUGUUCCCUGCGAUCUGUGUGACAGGCGAUUCCCCAACGUUUCCAUGCUCUGUACGCAUGUGAAAAUGGUGCACGGCAAUUAUGGCACAAUGUGCGAUAUUUGUGCCCAGGUGAUAAGAGGACAGGCGGCCUUUCAGCGUCAUCAACUGGAGCAUGCUGGCAUCAAGGAGCCCAAGGUGCAGUGUGAUAUUUGUGGAUCGUGGCACAAAAACAAAUACAGUUUGAAGAAGCAUGUGAGUCGACACAACGGCUCCUCGGAGGCGAGCACCUGCAACAUCUGUGGCAAGGUGUCGCCCAACCGCAGCGCCAUGUUGAGUCAUCAGCGUUAUGUGCACACUGCGGAUCGUGUCCAUGGCUGCAGUGUGUGCAACAAGAAGUUCAAAAAGGCCAUCAAUCUCAAGGAGCACAUGGCCACACACACGGGUGAAGUGCUGUACAAGUGUCCACACUGUCCCAAGACUUUCAACUCGAAUGCCAAUCAGCAUUCGCACAGGAAGAAGUGCCAUCCCAAGGAGUUUGAGGAGGCGCGUAAGGCGCGUCUACAAAAACGCAUGGCGCCCAGUGCAAGUGAAAGCAAAGCCAAGGCAAACAUGAUAACAAUCACCACGUCAGGAGAGACAGAUGGGGAGAUGGAGACACACAACAUUCUGGUGACGACAGCGGAGCAAAGCGAUGAAGAGGAAUUCAAAGGCGAGGACAUUGAGUUUAUGCUCACACUCAGUCCACAGCCAACGGAGUGAAGAGACAAUCGUGUUUAUAUUAUUUGUGUAGUUGUAUAUUAUGUCAAGUCCUUAGGCUAGCAAUGAAUAACAAAAUUAAAUAGACAGACAAAUAUUAAA